CGCGUGUUGUGCUCGGGGGUGUAGAGUUCUUGUUCCGAAGCAGCCACAGUUUCAUUAUAUACAUUUAGAAAAUAAACAAAUUGUUUAAAUUAAAGAUGUUGAAGGGCAGCACACUAAAAGCAUUGGAUGUUCGGAUUGUACAGCGUUACAUUGAAUCAAGCCUUGUUUGUUGCAGUUGCCAACAUCAGAUCAGGCCGCGUAACUAUAUAAAUGGCAUCCACCGUUCCUACAUAACGUUCAAUGAUUUUCGCAACAAAAAUCGGAUGUACACUAAAAAAGAGCUUGUCGGUUACUCCAUGGAAGAUAUGUACAGUGUCGUCUCCGAUGUUAGCAACUAUUACAAGUUUGUGCCCUAUGUUACGAAAUCGCAGGUGCACAGCGUCGACCCGGGUGGAGGAGGAUUUAAGGCGGAUCUGAUUGUUGGUUUCCCACCACUCAACGAGAUUUACACAUCGCAGGUUACAUUGCAGCCGACCAGACGUGUUAAAUCGGAAUGCCACGAUGGCCGAUUAUUUAACUACCUGCUUAACGAAUGGCAUUUCAGUCCUGGCCUUAAGGACAUACCGAACUCAUGCGUUGUCGACUUUCGGGUUGCCUUCCAAUUUAAAUCUUUGUUGCACAGCAAUAUUGCCAAUAUUUUCUUUGAUAUGAUAUGCGAACAAAUGGAGAACGCAUUCAUCUUGGAAGUUAACCGUCGCAGUGGUCCACCAUCUAUACGCUCGCAUGUCCUCAAAUCGAGGCGAUCGUGACAAAAUCCAAUCCAAUCCAAUCCAAUACAACCUAACCCAACCCAGACACAAUCACUAUCACUAUCACAAUUUCCUUUCAUGUUUUUCAAAUAAAAUAGAGUAAUGUCUGUUUAGUAAAAUA